AUGACCGAAAUGGGUCAACCAAAGACCGACUCAACAACUACUGAAGCUGAUAAAGGCGAUCAAGAUAACCGACCAGCAAUCGACGAGAAACCUAUAUUAAGGGUCAUAAAGAAACACACUAACUGGAAGAAUGCUAUAACGAAAAGCGACCUGGAGGAUGCAUUUAAACAUUAUGACGACGUCCUGUUUGAACUUUACAUGUACGAGUUGAAUAUGAUGCGCUUCCAACGUGUUCAUGACAUGAAUGUGUGGGAAAGGCAAAGGUAUGAGUUAGAAACACAGGCGAUGAUGGAUGAGAUCGAGGAAGCAAAAGCUGAAAUAGCGGCGUUGGAAAGUCAAUUAAAGGUUGAAGAGUUGAAGAAAUCAAGAAAGGAAGAAUAUAAUAUAUUAGCUUCAGAGAUUAAACAGCAUAAACGAAGAGAAGAAACGUUAAACGAAAUAGCUGAGCUCGGCAAGGACAUAUUAGAGCUCGAAACAAAGGAAAAGGAACUGGAUGACAUUUACAAGUCACGUUUGGAUAAAAUAAAUCAGGUGCUAACAGUAAUAGCUAAUGUACAAAAAGAAGCAGGAUAUGAUAUGGAUGAAACUCCGCAUGAACAUACGCGACGAGUAUCUUCAUCUAAUGUCGAUGAGAAGAAAUCAUCAAAGCGAUCUGAAUCAACGAAUGGUCAUAGAAAGGAACGAGCACCUCAACAAUGGGAUGGAAAGGGCGUUCCUCCGUUAUGGGCGAUCGCGGAAGCGUCUCCAGACGUUCUAGAGGGAUAUGUUGCCGCUGUUAGAAAACGACGUCGACCGAAUCGGAUUGGAGACGGACAUUAA